CUCUCUCUCACGCUUCUCCCGUGGUCGACGUUGCAGUCCACACGCGGCUGGGCGCGGCGGUUCCACCACCUCCCUCAUCUCCCGUACUCCCUCUGCCUCGUAUCUCGUCGCCUUCCUCUGCACCCCGCAGGCGCAUUGCCAGCCGUCCGAUCGCGCCCGGGCGGCGGUGGUUCCCUCUCCCCAUGUUCCGCGGCCAUGCGCCUCUCCAUCGGCUCCCCAUCCCCGUCGCCGCCGCCGGCGGUGGCCGCCGCUCUCCGCAGCACAUCCCCGUCGUGCCGUACCGCCAGUCAUGUUAUGUUCAGGCAGAAGCUGAGUUUCAUGGUGGCAUCUCAGACUCAGCAUCUGAAAUAUGCUCCUCGUUUGAUCAAAUCAGUCAUAAAAGGUAUUAGAUCAAAUAUAACUGAUGGUGAUAAUGGAACGACUGAGCCAGCUAGAGAGUUGCUGGAGCGGCUAUUUGCAAAGACACAAAGUUUAGACACUGGUGCUUCUCAUGAUAGUGAACUGAGCGUGAGCAUUGAGGUCCUGAAGUCUGAAUUCGAGGGUGCCUUGUCUAUCCUCAGAAACAAAGAGAGGGAUCUUCGCAGCGCAGAGAAGAGGGUUUCCGAUGAUCGGAUAAGGUUGAGCAAGACAAAGCAGGACCUUGAUCAGAGAGAGGAAGCGAUCCGCAAAGCUUAUGUAAGGCAACAAGGAAUAGAGAAAGCACUGAAAAAGGCAAGUAGAGAUCUGGCGUUGCGAGUGAAGCAGAUCAGUAAUCUGAAGCUUCAGGUUGAGGGGCAAGACAGGACUAUUGCCAGUUCACAAGCUUUGCUUUCUCAGAAGGUAAUUGAGGUGGAAAAUCUCAAACGAGAUAUGUUCAAGAAGAACGAGGAAGCCGACCUGGUGCGUUCAGAGAUCAGGUCCAAAGAGCAGCAGCUUCUUACAGCUAAUAAAGCUAUUGCGCAGCAAGAAGCAACAGUUAGGGAGCUGCAGAGUGAAAUUAAAAGAAAGACAAUCGAUAUCGCCAGAUCAAAUGAAUCGAGGAAAACUAAUGAAGAGAAACUGAAAGUUGCUGAACAGGAACUUGAGAAGCAGAGUUUAGGAUGGUUAGCAGCACAACAAGAGUUAAAGGAACUUGCACAACUGGCAUUCAAAGAUACAGAUGAUAUCAAGGGUAUUAUCACUGACUUCAAACGUGUGAGGUCUCUCCUAGAUGCUGUACGCUGUGAAUUAAUCUCUUCGAAAGAUGCUUUCGCUUCCUCUCGCAGACAAAUAGAAGAUCAAGCGGUGCAGUUGCAGAAACAAGCACUGGAACUCGAGGACCAACAGGUAUUACUGAUGUCUUACACCCAUGAUUUGGAAGCUGCUCAACUGGAGAUUCAAGGGAAGACACAGGAGCUCAAGUACGCACAGUCUCGUUGUCAUGAACUUGAAUCACAGUUACUUCAGGAAAUGGAGAAGGUCGAGUCUCUUGAAACCGAAUUAACCAAAGAAAGACAGAGCUUAGAUCAUAGAACUGAAGAAGUAGGCUUUCUUCAGAAGGAGCUUGUUCGGAAAGAAAAUGAGUGCACCAAAUCACAAGAACUUGUUAAAGUAAAAGAGUUUGAGCUGUUAGAAGCCAGACAGGAAGUCCAAGAUAUGAAGUUAAAGGUAGAGUCUAUUCAAUUGGCUGUUCAAGAAAAGGAUUCAGAGCUUUCUGAUACACAGAGCAGACUAACUGAAGUCAGCAGUGAAAUUGUUGAGCUUCAGCAGUUGCUAAAUAGCAAGAAGGAUCAACUGGUUCAGGCUAGAACUGAAUUACAUGAUAAAGAACAACAUAUAGAAACACUGGAGAGUGAGUUGGAUAGCAUACGGUUCAGAUGCUCGCAAGCUGAAUCCAUGGUUCAAAGGAUGGCUGAGCUCACUGGCGAUCUUGCUAGUUCCGUAAAAGCUGGAGAAAUGGACAUCUAUACAUUACUGGAUGAUGAAAUUUCAAGCACAGGUACAGCCCUCGAGUCCAAUUUGCAUAAGCAUAAUCAACUGGAGGCUGACAUAGAGAUGUUAAGAGAAUGCUUGCGGCAUAAGGACAUGGACUUGAGAGCUGCUCAUGAAGCACUUGAUGCCAAAGAUCAAGAGCUGAAGGCAGUACUUAAAAAGUGGGAUGUGAAGGAGAGGGAACUACGUGAGUUGGAAGAGUUACCGGAUCCCAGUGCCACAAAUGAACUUGCUGUUUUUUCCAGUGAGACAACAGAGGACGGCAUUGUAGGAGAGAUGGAGCUCCCUGAGCUUCAAAUUGAAGCUGCGGGGGUCGAAGCACUUGCUGCUACGACUGCAUUGAGGAAGCUUGCGGAUAUGACUAAGGAUUUCUUCAAACACGGCAAAGCUGAUUCUGGUAUUGACUUGGUUGCAUCAGAGAGUCAAAAAAUCAGUAAAUGUGAUCCUAAAAUGGAAGUACACAAGAAGACGGAUGUGAUUCUUGAAGCUGAAAAAGAAAUAGUUAGGCUCUUCUCAUUGACAAAACAGAUUGUCACUGAUGACACAAUAAACAAUCUUGAGGAAUGAUAGCUUCAAACUAAAGCAUGUAGUCUUCCAAUUCUAUCAAGGUAGAUCUUCCAAGAUAGCUUCAGAGUAGAGAUAUACCAGAUAGAUCUUUCAAACAUUGAUGGACAGCGACGUCGCCCAGAAGGAUGAGAUCUUCUCUGGUUGAUAUCACAACUGCCAUUUUGAAAAAGGGUAACAUGUUGAGCAGAAGCUGGUCAUCUGAUCUUUUGUGCUCCUUUUGUAUUGUACCUCAAGCUAUUCCUCAGAUCUUUGUUCAAUGUGUUCCUCCUAAAUAUACAUGGGAAGUUACUGAUAUGGCAAUUGGUGCUGGUUUUCGUCAUGCCAAAACUACUACUGAGAUUGUGGUGAAUGUUUCCAUGUGCAGCAAAGUUGGUGCAGCGA